GCCGGGGCGGCUGCCGUGAGGUGGCGGGGGUUCUCGGAGGCCGCCGCCGAACCCCGACGGGACCCGCGGCCCUCCGAGCGCCCCGGGGCCGGCGGGAGGGCCGUGGCCGCCGCUGAGGAGAGGCGUCCCGCUCCGCUCCCGUCAGCGCCGCGCUCCCCCCGCGGGAGAUGGCGCAGGCGGCGCUGGGCGCGGCGGGCCUCCACUUCGACGAGCUGAACAAGCUGCGGGUGCUGGACCCCGCGGUGGCGCAGCAGACGGCGCAGCUCCGCGAGGAGUGCCGGGCCUUCCUGGACAAAAUAGUAGAAUUUCAAAAAAUAGUGGGUAGCUUAAUUGAACUUGUUGAUCAACUGGCAAAAGCUGCUGAAAGUGAGAAGAUGAAGGCCAUUGGUGCACGAAAUUUGCUGAAGUCUAUAGCAAAGCAAAGAGAAGCUCAGGAGCAGCAACUUCAGGCUUUAAUAGCUGAGAAAAAGAUGCAGCUAGAAAGAUACCGAAUAGAGUAUGAGACACUCUGUAAAAUUGAAGCAGACCAGAAUGAAUUCAUUGACCAAUUCAUUUUUCAGAAAUAGAGGAUUUUAAGAUUAAAACCAAACUAACUUAGAAACUUGACCAUUCCAGAAUCUUGAGAAUUUAAAAAAUAUGCAAUUUUUCACUGUGUACGAAUGAAGAGAUGGUUUGUACAAAUGGAAGCGUCUUUUAAUUCAGUGUGAAUUACACUAAAAGUGGCAAUAAGGAGGGCUUUCUAACAGAUGUAAAGACUGUUCUGUCCUUUGAUUUUAUAAAAGUUUUGUACAGUCAGUAGUUCCAAUUCAAAUUACAGUUGAAUUAAAACUACUGUUGGCUAUGUUAUGCCUCUCGCUUUUUGAAGCGUACAGCUCUUUCAAAGAAAUUGGGAAAUAAAUUAUUGCUUUUCAGA